ACAGUGACGUAGUUCAGGAAAGGAUUUCAUGGCGGAGGUUUACGGUUGUUCGUUUUUGCCUCAGUUUAAAUCGGAUUCAUCAACAGUCACAAAAAGGUCCUCUCCUUGGAGACGAUGAAAGGAUGAGUCGCCGUUUGGACGAGCACCAGCCUGGGCUGAACUCCUCGUCUUCGGGCAGCGUGUUCCCAGGCCGGAACCACAGCUCGGGGGCCGGCGGCUUCCACCGGCCGGGUGGUGGGGCCUUCGGCGCCUCUUCUGCGUCUGGGGGCGCCUCCGGGGGCGCCGCUGCGGGCCCCCGGCCCUCCGCCAAGCCCCCCUCGCAGCGGCAGCCCCUCGCCCUGCUCCAGGACUCCAUCCACUCCGGGGGAGCCUCGUUGGACGUCCGCGACGCCAUGCAGGGCGCCGGGGUGCAGUUCUCGGUGACAUCGGGCUUCCAGCCCCGCAUCGCUUCGGGAGGGCUGUCGCAGCUGGGUCACAACCACAAUCCCUCUCCGGUGCACCACUCCAUGGGGGGCCAGUCUCAUGGUGGCCAGGCACACACGCCACAGAUUCAUGGCCAGCAGCAGUUCCAGCGGCUCAAGGUGGAGGACGCCCUCUCCUACCUUGACCAGGUCAAGUUCCGCUUUGGCAACCAGCCACAGGUCUACAAUGACUUCCUAGACAUCAUGAAGGAGUUCAAGUCACAAAGCAUCGACACCCCCGGGGUGAUCCAGCGGGUGUCGAACCUGUUCAAGGGCCACCCCGAGCUUAUCGUGGGCUUCAACACGUUCCUGCCCCCCGGCUACCGGAUUGAGGUGCAAGCCAACGAGCAGGUGAACGUGAGCAUGCCGGGCUCUCUGUCCACCACCAUCACUGCCGGGGGCAUCACCCUGGCCACCACGACAUCCGUGGCGGGGCCCUCCGCCCCGGGGGCCGCCCCGUCCCCCGCGGGGCCCAACGCAGCACCGCCCCCCGCCCCCGCCGCCUCGUCACCCCCUUCUGGCACCAAGCCCGGCCACCUGGGCGGAGGCGGUCCCGGCGGCCCCGUGGGGCAGGGUACCCCGGGGUCCCAGACGGGACCGCACGGGAGCCCCAGCUCCCAGGGGGGCUUCCCGGGGUCCCAGGGGAGUACCAACCAGACUCCGCACGGCGGGGCACCCCCAAACUCCUCGGCCUCCCAGGCCAGCCAGCCCGUGGAGUUCAACCACGCCAUCAACUACGUGAACAAGAUCAAGAACCGUUUCCAGGGUCAGCCGGACAUCUACAAGCAGUUCCUGGAGAUCCUGCACACCUACCAGAAGGAGCAGAGGAAUCUCAAGGAGGGUAUCCAGACGGGAGGCAAGCCCCUGACGGAGUCUGAGGUAUACGCCCAGGUGGCCAAGCUGUUCCAGAACCAGGAGGACCUGCUGCAGGAGUUUGGCCAGUUCCUGCCGGACGCCAACGGGGCCUCCACCCACUCUCUCGGUUCCUCUCUUGUCCAGGUAACGCACGGCCUGGAUUUUGGCUUCCAGCCGGUUAAAGCCGUGAGCAAUGACCAUACGGCGGCUGCCAAGAAGCCCGGCUCGGGCCUAUCCAAGCCGAGCCUGGUCUCUGGCCUGGGCAGCUCCCUGAAGCAGGGCAGCACUCCCCUGAAGAGACCCCUCUCCCACCUCUCGGGCUCUGUGACAAAGAAGCAGAAGAUGACGAGCCUGAAGGACGUCACCCUCGCUGAAGCUGGCAAACAUGGAACACUCAACGAAUUUGCCUUCUUCGAUAAGGUGAGGCGUGCUCUCCGGGGCCAGGAGGUGUACGAGAACUUCCUGCGCUGCCUGAUCCUCUACAACCAGGAGAUUGUGUCUCGGUCUGAGCUGGUGCACCUGGUCACUCCCUUCCUGGGGAAGUUCCCUGAGCUGUUCAAGUGGUUCAAGGACUUCAUUGGUUACAAGGACCUCGGUGGCCAGGUGGAGCCCAUUCCCAACAAAGUGGUCCAGCAGGAGCGCAUUUCCGGCGACCCCUCCAUGGAGAUCGACUACUCAUCCUGUAAGCGUUAUGGCGCCAGCUACAGAGCCCUUCCCAAGAACAUUGUACAGCCAAAAUGCAGUGGGAGGACUCAGUUAUGCAAGGAGGUCCUGAACGACACGUGGGUUUCGUUCCCGUCAUGGUCUGAAGAUUCAACGUUCGUCAGCUCGCGCAAGACUCAGUACGAGGAGUACAUCUACAGGUGUGAAGAUGAACGUUUUGAGCUGGACGUGGUGGUGGAGACGAACCUGUCGACGAUCCGGGUGUUGGAGGCAGUGCAGAAGAAGAUGCAGCGGCUGGGGGCGGAGGAACGACAGCGCUUCCAGCUGGGCGACAACCUGGGCGGCACCUCUGCCGUACUCCAGCAGCAGGCCAUCAGGCGCAUCUACGGCGACAAGGCCGCCGACAUCGUCGAGGGACUCAAGCGCAACCCCGUCGUAGCCGUGCCCCUCGUGCUUCGCCGGUUAAAGGCAAAGGAGGAGGAGUGGCGGGAGGCCCAGAAGAGCUUCAACAAGAUCUGGAGGGACCAGAACGAGAAGUACUACCUCAAGUCCCUGGACCACCAGGGCAUCACCUUCAAGCAGAACGAUGUCAAGUUCCUGCGCUCGAAGAGCCUGCUCAACGAGAUUGAGGCCAUCUACGAGGAGAGGCGGGAGCAGAUGGAAGAAGGGACGGGCGAGGUCCCCGUGGGCCCUCACAUGACGUUGCCUUACCUUGACCGUUCCAUCCUGGACGACGCCGCCAACCUCAUCAUCCACCACGUCAAGCGGCAAACGGGAAUCAACAAGGAGGACAAGCAGAAGAUAAAGCAGCUGUUACGCCAGUUCAUUCCAGACCUGUUUUGCCUGCCCAGGGGUGAAUUGUCGGACGACGAGAUGGAGAAGGAUGACGACGUGGAGACGGAGGACGGGGAGAGCCAGCCCCUUCCGGGGGGCCUGCCCAACCACAAGGAGGAAGGAGGGGACUUCCCAAGGGGCGGCCCCGACGAGGGUUGCGAGGGCAACGACAAGUCGCGGCCACGCUCCUCUUCGGAAGAGAGAAACUCGGUGUCGGAGAUGUCCAGGGACCAGCCUUCCCUCAUGCAGAACCUGUACUCGGACGAUUCUUAUGCCCUGUUCUUUGUGAACGACCACUGGUACCUGUUCUUUCGGUUACACCACCUCCUCUGCGAACGGCUCACCAAGAUCUACCGGCAGUCGACAAACUUGGCUGCAGACGAGGCCAAGGAUCGCAAAGACCGCAAGGAGUCCACGGCCGUGGCACUCAGGCUCAAGCCUAAAACCGAAAUCGAGGUGGAGGACUACUACCUGGUGUUCUUGGACAUGGUGAAGAGCCUCCUGGACGGCAACAUGGACAGCACCCAGUACGAGGACACCCUGCGCGAGAUGUUCGGCAUCCACGCCUACACAGUCUUCACCCUCGACAAGGUGGUGCAGAAUGCCGUGAGACAGCUGCAGCACAUCAUGUGCGACGAAGUGUGCCUGCGCUGCACUGAGCUGUUCCUGGAGGAGCACAAGGUGGGGGCGGCAGGGGGCCCCUGCUCCUCGGCCUCCCACAGGGCCCACCUGGAGGGCAGCUACCAAAAGAAGGCAGAGCAGGCGCUGGUCAACGACACCUGCUUCAAGCUGGUCCUGUAUCAGCGAGAGGCGAAACUGACGAUCGAGCUGAUUGACACGGAGAGCGACGUCUCUGAAGAUCCCGUGGAGAUAGAAAAGUGGUCGGAGUACGUGGAGAAAUAUGUGGUGGGGGACGACUCGAUCUCGGACGAGCUUCGUGACCAGCUGGCCAAGAAGCCAGUCUUUCUGCCAAGAAAUGUGCGUGCUCGACGGCAGCAGGCGAGAAAGCAGGAGCGGGAGGCCCAGAUGCCCGCUGCCUCGGCCGUGGGAGAGUCGCACCACAGCAACAAUGGCACAAACAACAAGAGCCCCUGCACCAAUGACGAGAGCACCAACGACGAGGCACCCUUUACCCCGGCCGCCGUCGCAUCUCCCCUGGGCGCAACCGUCCCAGCCAAGACGGACGUGGCAGACGACACCCAGUGCCGCUUCAACUUGAGCUCUUACAAGAUGGUGUUUGUGGUGAACAGCUCGAGCUACAUCUACAACCACAGGGCUCUGCGCCGGGCACGGCAGUCUCACCGGAAGGUGUCGGAACGGAUGCAUCGCAACUUCGGCACGUGGCACCGGAGUUGGCUGGACAAGAAUGUGAGCAACGAGCAAGACAGCCAGUGCGAGGACUGGCUGCAAGGCCUGGACUAUGAGUGCAUCACCCACUGCAUCAAGGUGCAGGACUGCACACGGCCCCCCUACUGCCAUUUCCGGCGCUUCCGGACUGCCCCAGCGCCUCCCUCUCCCUCCAACGACGACCAGUCUUGAGGAGAGUGCCCCCGCCGGUUGUACAGUGUGGUCGCCGUGCCCCGGGCUCGGGUGGUGUACAGUGACUGGGGUCGAGGCCGGGGUGCCCCCAACACAAGCGGAAGACGGCAGCGCCUUUUGUAGAAGACGUCCUGGCGGAGGAUUUCCUUUUCCAUUGUUCUCUUUCCCAUCUUAACCGGUGGGGCAUGCAAAGUUCAUCACUCCAACGGCUCGUGGCGUCCUCGCUGCGCCGGUUGGAAGCUUGUACAUUUCUCAUUGGAACUCUAAAGCAACUCAAAUGUUUCAAGUUUUCUUUUUUUUUUUUUUUCAGUGUUGAAAAUAAAUGAGCCAUAGCAGCCGACGGUUUAUUAUGGAGUUGUACAAAGGAAGUAUUUAUAUUGUCACUUCAGUUUUAAAUGAGGUAUAUACAUAAACAAUUUCAACAAGCAA